AUGUUUCCUGCAAAGCACUCCGCAGAGAUUUCGACUUCUGGAACAUUUCCCUUCCUAUCACUCCCGACCUGCGAAAUUCUUCGAGAUAUACAUGAACUACUCGACGCUGUCGACUGGCAGGCCUCGUUCCUACCCUACUGGGAUCACGAUGAGCCACAUUUUGGUGCUGUUUACGACAGUCCAGAGAUACGACACCAUCUUAAAACUCUUCAACUCCGAAAGCCAGACGAGGAUUUUGAUGAAUUCGAGAUUAUUCUCCAUGAUCUUGGGGGGUUUUCUCAACAUCCCCUGCUUCGCGAUCGUGUCGCGCGACUAUUCAGUCCCACAAACAAGUUCCUUGUCAAUGCUUCUGGUACUGGGAAGACUAGAUUGUGUUACGAGGGCCUUUGCGUUAAUUGGGGCCUCUAUUUUACCAUCGAAGUCGACACGGGAUACCUUGGAAGCAACGACUUGGAGCGGAAACUCUCGCAGCUUAUCGACGAAACAGAACUCGCUUCGGUGGACCAUAGCGCCGCCGAUGGACCAGAACGUGUUCAGCGCAACUCAGAUGUCGCAAAUCGAUGGUUUGGAGCGAUACUCCUGGCCCGACUUCUUCUUUUUCAGCAAUUCCUCGAGAUAUCCUCAAGAGGUUCAUUGUCUAUCCCAAAUCGUCAAAUGCGCUGGCUUGAAUUCCAGCUUUCACCCAGAGUCUUAGGUGAUCGACUAGAUUAUCUUGGGGAGGAUGUGUUUGUCACGCUAGCCAACACGCUCGCCACGAAUGACUCGCCAAAUUUGGCAGAAAACAUUGAUGAUGUGAUCCGCAAGCUCCAAACGAGUAUCGGUACCGAACGCCCUAUCUUCAUUAUCAUUGAUGAAGCCCAAGUUGCUGUCGACCACCUUCCUUCCGCAUUCGGGGACGGGAAGCCAUUCCUGUGGGAGCUCCUUCGCAGUUGGUCCGCUUUAACCAAAGGCGCAUGCACCUUUAUUUGUGCUGGUGUCCGAAUACCUGCAUCUCUGUUCACCGGAGAGGUUGGCAGAGACUUUGAGUGGACAUCGGACACCGGCGCAUUUGACGACCCAGAUGAACAUGAAAAGUAUAUUGCCAAGUUUCUCCCUCCUACAUUCCGGGAUUCACCUCCCGGUCGCUUUUUGAUAUCCCGUCUUUGGCGUUGGUGCCGUGGAAGACACCGUUUGACGGACAGGUUUUUGUCCUUCCUUCUGACUGAAGGGCUUGAGUACCCACACACAUGCUUGACCAGAUUCGUCAAAGAUGGCACAGAGCUCAAAGCUCUUGACGCAGUGAGGGCCUGUCACGAUGAGGCUGCUCCGCGAGACCUGGGCUGGGCUUUUAGAUUUGGAACCCCUAAUUUCACCGAGCUCGACCCAGACACCAAAAACAUAGUCUUGGACAUUCUUUAUCAGUCCAUGGCCGAACGCAAAACGAACACAUUCGGCGCAGACCAAAUAUCUUUGGUUCAACGAGCAUAUGCUCGGUUCAUUGAUGUCAACCUAUCUCAAGUCCGAUUUGAUGAACCAUUCAUUCUCGUCAUUGCUGCUCGCCAGCUAUUCCCAAUACCGGUCGAGCCGCUUGGAGGUCGUCCUAACGAUCGACCAUCUACAUUCAUAACAAGUUUACAACUCAAUCCCCCACCAACCCGGCAGGGCGUUGCCCAUUGUCUCGCUUUCUAUCUCUCGCAAGUGUUCGGACGCACGAGGAUGUUGACGGACAUUUUCAAAUUCCCACAUGCUGCUCCUGGGCUCGUCAAACGGCUCAACUCGUCUCUGGCUCCGUUAGUAACAGCGACCAGAACUCUGGAGGAGACUAUCGAAUGGAUUGAACACGCUCAUGGCACCGCAUUUUGCAUGCCUUCUUCACCCAACAUAGACUUGCUGUGUGCGGUCCGGCUGGCGGAAGGCUCAUUUAUCUGGCUCGCUAUCCGUACGAUUGCAGCCAAUGAACCUGUCAAUGACGAAACUUUGCAACCCCUUGUGUCACUUCUGGAUAUCGACCAUGCAUUUUCCGAGACCGGCGCCGACUCUGCUUCCAUUAAAAGGGCCACCGAUGCUCUCCGCUCUUUGCCUGGAGUCAAACAGCGCCCUUGCUUCCUCCGCGCUGUCACUUCGUUUCCUGUUGAAGCCGACAUCCGUCAGUGUGUGGAUAAACGCUGUCGCGAUGUCGCCAACCUUAGCUUCCGGGCCCUCCGGCGCAACGAAGACCAAGUCAUGCAGGAGGACUUUUUCGAGGCCAUGGUGAAUGGAGCUAUCGCUGGCACCAAAAGGAAGUCGCGUUGGGACGAUGGGGCGCUGCAAGAGAACCGCAAACGCGCUAAAGAACUGCAGGAGGAGCUGAGGAUUGAGUCUAACAGGGAAUUCAUCAGAACCAUGAAUGACGUGGACCCGCAUUACUCAUGGGACAUGAAAGGGUUUGACUUUACCGCGGAUUACGAUCCGUUGGAUGCUGUGCCCGCCGCUAGGCAGCCUCCCCCCCUGCUCGUAAAGAACGAAAACAGCCAAGGACACGCCGAACACCGAAGAGCCCGAGAGCACGUCAGAAGAACUUGA